GAUCUCUUAGCCGAGUUUAAUCUUGUCCAUUACUUGGGCCACUUUUUGUUGGCCGUGUGUGUCGUAUCUGUGCCGCACCUGUGCCGUUUCUUUUGACGAUGCGAGAUUGAGACAUACCGACUUGAUGUUUCUCAACGGUGAAACUACCUUGUGCAACCCAAAAGGCCACGAUAUUCGAUAUUCGACGAAAGUAAAUAUAUAGCUAUCGGAUAGUAAUAAUAAGUCAGCUGGCUGGCUGGUGGGAAUCUAGGAAUUUGGAGAGAUCUUGGAAGAUCGACGCGGGGCGACAAUUCGGCUAACCGAAAAUAUCUGAGACUCCGAUAAGGGAAAUACCUAAAAAGCUCGUGAAAGACAGCCAGCCGAAGGAGGACGUCCCAAGAAAGAAACACAGGCGCCCGCGGGACGGACGGGAACCACAGAGGGCCAUAAUGUCGCUCAAUAGCCGCAAAUCGAACGAAGAGGAGGCCGUCACGCCGACGAACAACGAUUACGACGACGGCGCUAUCGCGAAGAAGGCACGCGACGAGUACGCCCUCAAUCCCAUAGGCUCCGGUUCGUCUGGCAAGAGCUCGCACACUAAAAGCGGCCACUUGCGUCUCGCUUCCGGCACGACCGACGUCGACAUUAACGAUCUGGCAGCCAUCGCCAACCAGUCUCGGGAAGAAUUAGAAAACGCUUCGAUCGAGAAUGGCGACCGCGGAAGCAUCACAUAUAAGGUGUACAAGAGGCGGUGGUUCGGUCUCGUGCAGCUCACACUGCUAAAUAUCAUCGUCAGUUGGGAUUGGCUAACAUUCUCGCCUGUUUCGCAAGAUGCGGCCAUCUACUACAAUACGAACGAGUCCACCAUCAACUGGCUCGCGACGGCAUUCCUAUUCGCUUUCGUCGUCAUCUUCCCCGUAACAAUCUACACAUUGCACUGGGGGCCUAAGCCGUCCAUCAUGGCCGCCGCCGUGCUGAUCCUCGCCGGCAACUGGAUCCGAUAUGCCGGAUCUCACUCCCGUGAUGGAGGGAUGUACGGUGUCGUCAUGUUUGGUCAGAUCCUCACUGGAUUGGCGCAACCUUUCGUGUUGAGUGCCCCGACACGAUAUUCCGAUAUGUGGUUUACGGAUAGGGGCCGUGUCGCUGCUACGGCCUUAGCUAGUUUGGCGAAUCCAUUCGGCGCCGCUCUCGGGCAGCUCGUCGUGCCGUUCAUGGUCACGGGGCCUGGCGAUGUUUCCGACGCCGUGCUCUACGUCGCUAUCAUCUCUUCUGUAGCAGCGCUCCCAUCUUUCUUCAUCCCGGCCGCACCACCCACGCCCCCAGGUCCCUCAGGCUCGACGCCCAAAGCCUCGCUUCAGGACUCCUUGCGGCUUCUCAAGUCUCUCGAGAUCUGGCUGAUCCUGAUUCCGUACUCGGUGUACGUUGGCUUCUUCAACAGCAUUUCUUCGCUUCUCAACCAGAUCAUGCUACCGUACGGCUUCUCAUCCGAUGACGCCGGUAUCGCGGGCGCCCUGCUUAUCGUCGUCGGGCUCGUCGCCUCCGCCGUCACCAGCCCGAUCCUUGACCGCACGAAGGCCUUCCUGCUCGCCAUCAAAGUCGCCGUGCCUCUCAUCGGGCUGUGCUAUCUCAUCUUCAUCUGGAUGCCGGGCACCCGCGCCAUCGCAGGCCCCUACGUGAUCCUCAGCAUCCUCGGCGCAGCGAGCUUCUCCCUAGUCCCCGUCGCUCUCGAGUUCCUGUGCGAGUUGGGACACCCGAUGAGUCCCGAGUUCACGUCCACGAUCGCGUGGGCGGGAGGGCAGCUGUUAGGGGGUAUCUUUAUCGUUAUUAGCGACGCGCUGAAGGCGGGCAACAACGCGAAUCCGCCGCAGAAUAUGGAUAAUGCGCUUAUCUUCACGGCGGUGCUGGCGCUCGUCACCGUGCCGCUGCCGUUGGCGCUGGGAUUGUUCGGGCGCAAGGAUAAGCUCGCUUUGAGGAGAGUAAGGAGCGAUGAGAGGGAUAGGGAUAGGAGUAGCAAUAGUAGCAGCGGCGAAGGGAAUGGUAAUAAUGGUAUUGUUGACGGGAACGGGGCUGUGGGGACUGCUGUUUAGGGAUUAGGAAUUAGGGAAGGCCUUGAUAUCCAUGGUUUAAAUGAUGGUGCUGGCUAGGCUAGCUAGCCCGGGAACGAGCUAGGACUGCUAAGUAAACGAGCUUCGCAGCGCUAGCGUGAUGGAGUUAGGUGGAACGGGAAUUCGGCAAACUGGUAGGACAGGACACGAGCUUACGGGCUUCAUAAGCCAUAGGAGGAUUUGGGAUUUAUUUUUCGUUUUCUUUCUUUCAGCUCGUUUGAGCUGUGUCGAUGAGAUGGUCUAGACCGGUCCGGGUCAGACCAGACCAGGCUCCAGAGAUGUUUUAUUUGCUUUAUAUAUCAUUUUAGUUGUAUUUUGUGGAUUUU